AUGGAGGGGCGGCAGCAGGAGCUGGUGCAGGAGCCCCGGCGGCAACCGCAGCGCGGGCAGGCCGCGGAGCAAAGCCUGCAGGCGGCGCAGGCCGAGCUCGCGCAGCUCCGCGCGGCGCCCGCGGCGGCACCGCAGCCGCCGCUAUUAAAGCGCCUUGGCGGCGCGACCGUGGACGCGCAGACCCUAGCGAGCUUCUCAGGUCGCCGCGAGGCGUGGCGGGAUUUCCGCUUCGUUUUCCGCGCCUUUGCCUGCGCCGCGCACGCCGCCAAGGCGGAGCUCUUCAGGCGCGCGGAGGCCACGGCCGUCCUCAGCCGGCAGCUGUGCUACAUGCUGGUGAUGGCGACGCCGGACGAC